UUUUUCUUUUUCUUUUCUUUUUCUUUUCUUUUUCUUUUUUUUUUGGAUUUCUCUUUUUGUGGCAAAUAGAUUGGUACUUAGACAAUAUGAAAUGCUAUGUUAUUGUCAUUGGGAAAGAGAUGAAUCCUCACUCGCUGGAAAACAAUAAAUGACUUUCGAAUACGAUGAUCCUGGAGUAUGACAAACUUGGUGUUAUAUUUUUGCGGCGUCCAAUGCCCCCCAGCUUGGCCGCCCGAUGACCGAGACAAACCCUCAUCAAGACAUGCGGCACGCCACGCUGGGCCAGGAUUUUUAAACCGGGAUCUCAACCCCAAUGGCUGCUUUUACCGCUCGUGCUUCCUUUUGUUUGGUGGGCAAGCAACGAAAAAAAAAUGAAAAACACUUCGGGAAUUGGGUGUUCACCCACCAAUGAGAAAAUAGUAUAAUUUCAUCUCCAACGCUGUGGAUUGGGACAACCUCCUAGGGCCAGGUACAGAGCCCAGGAACUCAAAAGGGGCUUCCAUAGGCUGCUGCUUGGCAAGCCGCCGUCGAGAAUAAGCAGCGAUUGGUGUAAUCACCAAACGCGGGACCAAGGGCCAAGGCUCGGGAUCGCUUUCUCGCCAAGAUAAGUUAGGGGUGUAGAUCACUUUUCGGCGAGAGGUUUAAAUGACAUCAUGGGUCCAAUUUUUAUUUUCCGCGCCGCGGGAGGCCCGCCGGGGGCAGUGGCCGCAAGGAUGCCGAGGAGAAGCCGAAAUAGUGGAGGGUGAAUCUCUACUGCCCUUGGGAAAAUUUUUAUUUUUCCAUUUUGUUUCAAAACUUGAAUGCGAUUUGUUCAGAGGGUUUCUCGAACAAUUUACCGCCAAGAAUUAGCGGCAGAUAUUUCCUCCACUCCCGUCUAUCCCUGACUAGCGGUUUGACAAGGACUCUCCUUCGGCUUUCCAGCUUCAGCUCCACCACUAGAAAAAUCCGAAAAAAAAGGGAAGUAGACAGACUGCAACUAUGGAUGUUGCUUAGACUACACAUCCUUUUUUGGGGCAUUUCAGGAUGGCUAACACUGCCAAAGCCGCGUGUAUUCCCCUAAUUCCUCCUACCCGUGAAAUAAGUGGUGCUGCCCGCCAUAUAUUCCCCAGCCUCCCCAGAGCCUCAGGGCAAUUGUGUGGAGAUAACAGUGAGUUCCGCCUGGAGGAAAAAAAGAUUUGAUUGCAUUCGCGACAGAAAAAAGUGGGAAGUUCAACUUUUUUGGCGGGUUAUAUUAUUUGCAGCAGCCAACAUCUCCCAUCCCAGGCGUGCCAUGUCGUCCUCCGCAUAUCUCUUUCAUGAUGGGGUCUCCACAGCCUCGGAUUGCCGCAUUCGUCAAUCCGAGCGCGUGGGAGAACGGUCACUUGGUGUGGAUGCGGUUAUAGAAACAUACAUAUAUAACCCACCAUAUUCUCCAGCUGAUCAUCUCCAGCUGUCAUUUCUUUGCUUAUCAUUUUUUGAACCCCAUUCUUAUUCCCAAGGUUCCAUAGUGGUUGUUUGCGCUGUGGCUUACCGCUAUGUUUGGGAAGAGAUUCUUUGGCCUCAGAGGCCGCGCCUUGAACUUGGCUAUCAGUUCUCUUGGCAGUCUCGAUUUCUUCCUCUUUGGAUACGAUCAGGGCGUAACGGGUGGUCUGCUAGAUCUGCCGUCGUUCAACAAAUACUUCCCUUCAAUCGAUCCUUUAGACCCGCUUAUUAAAAAUGACCCCGCUGCCCAAUCGCAGCGCAGUUCGAACCAAGGCAUUACCGUAGCAGCCUACAACUUGGGAUGUUUCCUGGGAGCUAUCCUCACCAUCUUCAUCGGAAACCCGCUAGGAAGACGGAGAACCAUCUUCACUGGCUGUAUCACGAUGUCUAUCGGGGCCUUAUUGCAAUGCACGGCAUAUGAUUUACCUCAUUUCAUCGUUGGUCGAAUUGUCACAGGUAUCGGUAACGGGAUUAACACGAGUACUGUGCCAACUUGGCAAUCGGAAACAGCAAAGUCUCAUGAUCGUGGCAAACUGAUUAUGAUCGAGGGCGCGCUAAUUACGGGAGGCAUUACGUUCAGUUACUGGGUUAACUAUGGCUUUGCAUGGAUUGGAGAGCACGAAGUGGCAUGGCGAUUUCCACUGGCCUUCCAGAUUACAUUUGCUAUGAUCAUUUUCUGUUCCAUUCUCAACUUGCCUGAAUCUCCGCGAUGGCUCGUCAUGAAGAACCGGAAUGAGGACGCACUCGACAUUCUCGAGGCUCUUAAUCAGAAACCUCGUGAUGACCCCGCUAUUAAAGCUGAGUUCGAAGCCAUCGAAGCCACCGUCCAGGAAAUGUCCAAGGGUUCAUAUAGAAGCCUCUUCCAAAUGAGUGAAUAUCGUGAAUUCCAUCGAGUUGCACUUGCAUACGUGAUCCAAAUGUAUCAACAGAUCUCUGGUAUCAACCUUAUCACAUACUACGCGCCUCAACUAUACAGUCAAAUUGGUCUUGUCGGCAGCAAUUUGCCAAAGUUGCUCGCUGCUUGUAAUGGCACGGAAUAUUUCAUGGCCUCCUUUAUCCCUAUCUACAUCAUUGAGAAAGUUGGACGUCGGCCACUCAUGCUUUUCGGGGCCGCUGGCAUGUCGAUAUCCAUGGCAGUCCUUGCAGGUGCCAACUAUCGGCUGACGCACUUAGAUGAUAGCAGAGCUGGUAUCACACAGGCAGUCUUCCUUUUCGUAUUCAACACCUUCUUCGCCAUCGGCUGGCUUGGAAUGACAUGGCUGUAUCCGGCAGAAAUUGUGCCGCUCCGAAUCCGUGCACCAACCAAUGCACUGGCCACUAGUGCCAAUUGGAUCUUUAACUUCAUGGUUGUCAUGAUUACUCCCGUGGCAUUCGACAGCAUCGGAUACAAAACCUAUGUUAUCUUCGCUGUUAUCAACGCAUUUAUCUUCCCCACUGUAUACUUUUUCUUCCCCGAGACUCACUAUCGCUCCCUCGAAGAGAUGGACAGUAUCUUCAAGAAGUCUACGAACGUUUUCAAUGCUGUCACCAACUCGGUCAAGGAGCCUUAUCGCUACGACAAACACGGACAGCUCAAGCCUGAGUAUCUUGAAGAGGCCGUCCGCCGCAAGAGCACCAUCGGUCACACCCUUCCCUCAGUGGAGCAUGACGGCGACACUACCCCUGAGCUCAAGGAUUAAGAGGCAUAGCGGGGAGGGUGAUUAUGUUAUCGAGUUGGUUAAGUUGAUUGCGUGUACUGCAUCUAUACCCACCGUGCCAGUGUGACCCGGUAACGGAUUUAUUCGCUUCUCUUCCGGAAUCUCUUUCUGAGCCCGGGUAUCCUUUUCUUCUUCUCUUUUUAUGAUGUCUGACUUCUCUUCUCACUUGUAUCGGAUAUGCUGUGACCCCUCGUUUAAAGGAUUUAUAGACAGGCUUGGGUCAGUCACAGGCUUAAAUUUCAUUCAACAUUAUCCGCUUCCAUUCACAUCGAAAAUUUUCAUAUCAAUUACCACAUUCACAAAGAAAAGAUUUCCUCCCCCCCCCCCCUCUUUUGUUAGAUGAACAUACUCGAAACAAGAAUGGGACGUAGAAUAACACGUGGAUUUUACAACCAUUGGGCGUUCUAAAUUAUUGGAGCAUCAAACCAUCAAUUUUAUAGGGGUGAGAUAAAUGCAACAGUGAGUCACGAGCCACAUGGCAAGCAGGCGGUCGCAUUCAACCCGAACGGGCAGCGGUUGGCUACCUUUUUGGUUGUCUAGACUAGUCCAAGGUACAAAUGCCGGAUGGGCGACCUCUCUUGUUUCUAAAAUCC